CGGAAUCAGUUGCAAGUCUACUCUCGUUGGAGUUUUUCCUCCUGGUCGUGAAAAAUAGUUUUGUAGGUACGUCAUUGGCGGGUUCAGCGGAUACGAACGUUUGACGCUCGUUGAAUCGCUUGACACGGAAACGAAUAAAUGGCAAACGGUCGCCUCGCUGUGUUGUAAACGAAGCGCGUACUGUGCUGUGUCACUGGAUGACAAGAUUUAUGUAAGCAGACAUAAACAACAUAUAAUUCCGAUGCGCACUGCGAGAUCAGCGGCAGGUGCAGCCGCACUCGACCACCAGGUCUUCAUUGUCGGUGGACAUGAUUGCACCUGCGUAUUCAAUUCCUGUGAAUGUUACAGGGUCGCCGAAGGCACUUGGACGUUCAUCAAGCAGAUGCAGAGUCGUCGUUGUCGGCUGGGCGCAGCAGCCUUAAAUGGAAAAGUAUACGUUGCCGGUGGCUACGACGGAGCUCAUUUUCUGAACUCUGCGGAAUGCUAUGAACCAGCCAGGAAUGAAUGGUUUGCGAUCAGCAACCUGAAAGUCAAUCGUAGUCGUGUGGCGCUCGUAUCGACACGCGGGAAGCUGUAUGCAAUUGGUGGUUAUGAUGGGCUGACCAAUCUGAAGAGUGUCGAAGUGUACGAUCCUGCAACGGAUAGCUGGCAGUUUGGACCAUCGCUCCAUUUCCUUGAUGGAGGUCUGGCAGUUGCGGCGGCGCCAAUCGUGACAUUUUCAGAUUAG